UACAUAUCUCACUUCUUGCACCUCCCAAAACAUGUCCACAAUCAAAAACUAGGAAAAAAAAAAGAGGGAAUAUUCUAAGAGGCAAUGGAGAGAGUUACUAGGUUUUUUGUUACCGUUUUGAUAGUGCUGACUACUGUACUAGGAAAACAAAUGUAUAUUGUUAAUGGAGACAGCCCCUAUGCUUGUUGGGGUGGAUGUUACAAUAAAUGUAUACUAGUGAAUAUGCGAGCACGUGUACAACAGACGAAUCCUUGUUACCUGCGGUGUCUAAGCAAGUGCAUUCCUCGUUCUACUUCUGAAUACCAGGAUUAUUGCAGCAUUGGUUGUUCCUUGGAGCUCUGUAUUCCUACUCGCUAUGAUGCGGGUGCAGAUCUGGAUGCAUGCUUCGGCAGUUGUGGAAAUAUUUGUAGGGCUAAUUAGUAGUAAUAUUUUAUUUCCAUAAUGUGUUUUGCCACUAGAUAGAAUUUCUAGCCUCACUUUUUUUCUUUUUUGGUAUGUAAUAAAUAAAUGGUUCUUUAUCCUUUGCCGUUCGGUGUGUAACUGAAAUAUUUGAUAGCUGUAUUUUUUUUACAUCCCUUGUUGUCCUUUUCCUCUUUUUCUAUGUUUCAAUUCCCACGUCAGUUACUUAAUGGAAAAGAGCAACUGAUAUCGUGAGGAAUUUUGUUGGGAAAAAAAGGCUGAAUAGUUAAUGCAUUGUCAACUUAGACAAUCUAAUUAAGUUUAUUUCAAUUGAAAAUACCAACUCCUAAUAAAGAGUUUUAAUUAGAUAUUUCUCAUUCAAA